AUGCGACUGGAGAAAGCGCUUCGGGACCAACAACAAGCAGGCCAGGCGUUGGAAAAGAGAAACGCAACUGCGAAAGGGGAGAUCGAAGAUCUACAGAAGAGAAUUAAAACAGCAGAAAAGGAGAUUGAAGACCUCCAAAAGCAGAACGACAAGAUCAACUUUGAAGGCUAUGACGGAAGACUUUGGGAUGUAGAACAGGGGCUAGAUGAGGUCGGUGAACAGUACAAAGACCUCAAAGAUAAUGUGGUCACUCAAGAGAAUUUGAAAGAUUUCGGAGAGGACAUUAAACAAGAUAUUGGGAAAAGAAUAUUGGGCGAUGAUUGA